AUGUCACUCGAUGCAAGCGACAAGCCUGUCUUCAAACCACUUUCACAGUCCGCUGCACAAUCUGCACGAGAUGCAAUUGACGUUACAAGAGGACAAUUGCGUAAAGUACCAAUCCCUCCCCACAGGAUGACACCUUUGAAGAAUGAAUGGCCCAAGAUCUAUACCCCUUUGGUUGAAAUGGCAAAGUUGCAAGUCCGUAUGAAUGUGAAACGCAAGACUGUCGAGAUUAAGUCAUCUAAACAUACCCCAGAUAUUAGCAUGCUGCAAAAAGGUGCCGACUUUGUCAAAGCAUUCGCUUUAGGAUUCGAAGCGGAUGAUGCCAUUGCUUUGUUGCGAAUUGAUGAUCUAUUCUUGGAUAGUUUCGAGAUUAAAGAUGUCAAGACCUUACACGGAGAUCAUCUUUCUAGAGCGAUCGGUCGUAUUGCAGGUAAAGACGGACGAACAAAAUUUGCAAUCGAGAACGCAAGUAGAACACGAUUGGUGGUAGCCGAUACAAAGAUUCAUAUCCUUGGCUCAUUCACAAACAUUCGUAUUGCCAGAGAUGCAGUCGUUUCUUUGAUUCUUGGUUCUCCACCGGGUAAGGUCUACCACAACCUUAAAACGAUCAGUGCCCGUCAAAGGCAACGUGGAUGA